AUGCAGCUAUUCACUCUCAGCACCUUAUUGACCCUCGCCGCCUCGGCAGUGGCCGUUCCCCAUGCCCGGGGAACUGGAGAUUUCCAGUUUCCGGCUCGCUGCUACCCAGACCCUUGCGCUGGUAUCGUCUCCCAAAACAAAACCUAUGUCUGCGGCGACCCACGACUAGGUCCAGUCCACGCACCGAAGAAAUUCCCCCUGAACAACCAACUGCGCACCUACACCCGACUCGGUGCCCUCUGCCCAGCAGAGUUCCUUACGAAAUGGGCCGGCUCAACAAACGCCAGCGAUUCAUACGAGUACCCGCCAUCCAACGGCUAUGUCGAAAACACAGCUGGCAAGGCAAUCAUCGGCAACGCAACUCUUCCCGUCGGACAAAAGGUUGAUCGAUUCGGAUCUGAGUAUGGAUCAUUCCUUGCGCCUCUGGGUGCGCCAUAUAUCGAGCGUUCGCUGCCGCCGAGCAAUCUGAUUACUUAUGAUGGAGAUUAUCCGUUCAAUUAUCAUGUCUAUCAAGUGGCGAAGAGCUUCGUUGUUGGUUUGGGCCCUAUUGCGCCUUGGUUUGAGCAGCCCGGCAUGGGAACUCAAUUUGUUACGUAUACUAAUGUCAUGGGAUUGCUGGAAAGGGGUUAUCUCAAGAGGCUCAACCCCGAGGAAUAUGACGAGGCAGUUGAAUACUCAGAUGGAUACACGCCUGGUCCAUCUAACUAG